AUGCGCGAUUUCCUGAACGUGUCCACGGCUCUCACAGUGGCGGUGCUGGGCGUCGCCACCCUGCUGUUGUCUGAACAGCCCGCUGCCUUCACGGCUGGCGUCCAUGGUGUCCAGGCGCAGGCUCCUGCGCGCGGCCGCACUUCCACCGUGAAGGGCCCCACCUUUGCCUCCGCUCACGAGGCUCUGGGCACCCAGGGCAUCCUUUGCUUUGGCAUGGGCUUUGGCGCGCUGGUGGCAGUGGGCCGCGGCCUGGCGGCCCGCCGCGCAGAGGGCUCCGACAUUGCGGUUAAGGAGAAGUCCGACAUUGCGUCGAUCGGCUACCUGAAGGACAUCCCCAGGACCAUCGUGGAGAUGGACACCCUCGAGCUGAUUCUGAAGAACACGCCAAGGGACCAGUGGGAGAACCCUCCGGAGGACAGCGACCUCUACAUGGUGAAGGCCUAUGCAGAGAUGUACGGUCCUGGCAAGGCCACCAAGAUGGGAUGGUGGGAUUACCUCCGCCUGAAGAACGAGAUCCCGGACUCCACCCAACUCACCACUGAACGUGAGCUGCAGGAGAUCGAGGAGUGGAAGCAGCUGCAGAUGGAAGGUAAGAUCCCAUUCGCAGUCCCUGGCCCCUCCGGCUACUUUCUGACGGGCUUCGUCACCCAGUGGAAGGGCAAGGAGCCCUUCGCUGGUGAUCAGGUCAUCACGCUUACGGAGAACGGUCUGUUCGCGAAGCAGUUCCUCAGCAACAUGGCCUUCUACCGCGAGGGGCUGAAGCCUUGGCAGCGGGGCCUGGAGAUUGGCAUGGCGCACGGCUACUUCCUGAUCGGGCCAUUCACCUCCCUUGGCCCCUUGAGGAACACUCCCGAGGCAGCGACCGUCGGCCUCCUUUGCGGCUGUGCGAUUGUCGGCAUCGUCUCCAUCGGCGGCCUGCUCUUCGGCUCCACCAUCAAGCCCACCCGCUUCGACAAGGAGGGUGACAAGCCGGCAGCCGGCUUCAUCGAGAUGAUCAACUGGCACGCCAUUGGUGGUCUGGGCGGCGCUGGCUUUGCCCAUGCGCUGAUCACGGAUGGCGCGGCUGUGACGGCCGCCAUCUCAGCCUGUGCGGAGGUUGGCCAGUGGCAGCGCGCUUCGGGGCUCCAUGCGCAUGGUGCCGGUUUAGGUGACCUGGCCACCUUUGGGGCGACAUUGGCUGCAGCCAGCGUUUCGUGGCCGCGGGCCCUGGUGGUGCAGGAAGCGCUGCAGGACGCUGGCCUUCAAGGGAAUACCAUCACGCAGAAUUCCCUGGCGCAGGCCUACCAGCUGGGCGCGCAAUGGCAGCGAGCCCUGCUACAGGAGCACUGGGCCACGGAGGGCGAUCCCCUGAGCUACAGCACACUCUUCCAGGACUUUGCCCGGGCAUUCCGCGUCCAGAUCGAAGACUUGGGCCCAGGAUCGGAGCAGAACGUCUCCGUCGUCCUUGAGCUCCUAAAGAAUGGCGGCAUCUUCCACGAGCUCUUCUACCCGGCCCUUCCGGAGGAUGAUGGCGAGGCGGAUGGGGAGUCCCUGCCGGAUGAGGCGCCGACAGGAGAUCCGGAAGUCUGA